AUGGCUACAGAUACAUACAUGCCAUCUUUAGAGGGAUCUCUGCUUAAUGAUCCGAUAGAUAAGUCCUCAUUAACGGAACAAGAAGCUAUGCGAACUGAGGUAGACCCCAUGACUCUAGUCUAUCAAGACUGUCUCUUUGAGAAAAAAGCACUCUGCCCCAUAGAUACUAAGAACUGGUUCCUAUCAGAUGGAAUUACCCCUUUACCAUAUAGUCAUUGGCGCAAUAUGAUUUAUAAGAAUAUGGUUAAAGAUGGUAUCCUCUAUGAAGAGGCUGAAAAAAGAGCUAUGAGGGCCAAACUCCCAGAGAAAUAUCAAAAUGAAAAUUCGGAAAAAGAAAAGAUAUACACUAUUGUGAAUAUCAAAGAGUCUAUUAUUGCGCUGGAACGUGAUAUAACUAAAAUACAUCAAAAUCUUAAAACAAUUGCCCGAGAAAUCUACUAUCUAUUUAAUGCUAUGGCACCCAAAGAUUUCGAAAAAAUGUUAAGAAGUGAUAUAGAUAAAAUGUACAACUCUAUUUCUCAUAUUCAUUCGGGAAAAGAAAUACAAUCCAGUGAUAAUUAA